UAUCCGUCACUUUCAAGCUUAAAACCAAAGAAAUACACAGAAGAAGAGUAGUGUUGUUUGUUGGGAUAUACUAUAUAUAUAUAUAGAGAGAGAGAGAGAGAGAUAUCAUAUUAUUAUAGUUGUGCAACAACUUUGUAUACAAUUUCUGGGGUGGGUUAUAUCAUCAGAGUGAUUAGCAGUGAGUAAAAUGGGUGCUCUGGAUCAUCUCUCAAAUAUCUUUGAUUGUUCCGGAGGGAGUUCCAAACUCAAAAGACGCAAGCAAUUGCAGACGGUGGAGAUAAAGGUGAGGAUAGACUGCGAAGGAUGCGAGAGGAAGGUGAAGAAAGCAGUGGAAGAAAUGAAAGGAGUGAAAUCGGUGGAGGUGGACCCCAAACAGAGCAAGCUCACCGUGGUCGGAUACGUGGAACCGGCCAAGGUGGUGGCUCGGGUGGCCCAUCGGACGGGCAAGAAGGCCGAGCUCUGGCCUUAUGUCCCCUACGAUGUGGUGGCCCAUCCUUACGCGCCAGGUGUGUACGACAAGAAGGCCCCACCUGGGUACGUGCGGAACGUGGAGGACCCACAGAUAGCUCAGCUCGCACGAGCCAGCUCUACUGAAGUUCGCUACACCACUGCCUUCAGUGAUGAAAACCCUGCUGCUUGUGUUGUCAUGUGAUGUGUUUGUGUCAUUUCCAUGCACAAAAAGUGUGGUGAUUUUGAACUGUGAUAUGUCUUCUUUUGAAGAUUGUGUGAAUCAAUUGGUAAUUUUACUUUUACUUUCAUUGCAUUCGCCUUUUUUCAAAGAACCAACCUAGGAGAGCAUCUCUAGCAAUAUUUAAAGUGUAAUGUUUGACUAUAAUUGUGUUAUUACAAAAGACUUGGCUUGUCUC